ACUCCCUCUCAGAAAAAAAACAUUACUUUCUCUUCUUUCCAUUUCCCUUCGGUCGGAACCCAAAGCAUAACACGUACAGUACAAUUCAUUUGCAAACAUCUAUGGCUUCUUCUUCUUUCUCAACCAAAUUGCCUUUGGCUCUCUUCCUAUCUUCUCUCUUCCUCCAUGCAGCAAUAGCUGAGCUGGUCUGUGAGGAUUUGCCAUCGAAUGUUUGCGCGUUUGCAAUAGCCUCGUCGGGGAAAAGGUGUUUGCUGGAGACGGCCGUGGGUGGAGAAGGAAGCGUGGAGUACCAGUGCAGGACAUCAGAAGUGGUGGUUGAGGGCAUCUCUGAAUACAUAGAGACCGACCAAUGUGUUAAGGCUUGUGGUGUUGAUAGGAAAGCUGUCGGAAUUUCAUCGGAUGCCCUUCUUGAACCCCAAGUCACUGCCAAGCUUUGCUCCCCGGAUUGUUACCAGAAGUGCCCCAACAUCGUUGAUCUUUAUUCCAACUUGGCUGCUGGGGAGGGAGUAUCUUUGCCAGAUCUUUGUGAGAGGCAACGCACCAAUCCUCACCGUGCCAUGAGCGAGCUUUUGAGCUCUGGUAGUACUGUAGCCCCGGGUCCCGUUGUUACUGAUCAAUAUUCAGGGGCGGCAACGUCAGCGCCCACCAGCAGUCCUGCUCCAGCUCCCUUGUAAUCAUCUUGAUCAAGACGGCCAUAUUGAUUGAUAUUCCUUUGAGAUUAGUAUAAUUGAAUGCGGAAUAAUUAUUAUAAUUAAUUCCGAAUAGAAAAAUGAGGUACUGUUCAUUCUUAUGUGAAUCGAGUCAUGCGUUUGAGGAAUAUUUCUAUUUAUGUAACUUUGUUGA